AUGGAUAAGAGCAAGCACGCGGCCCUCGAACGCAACCUGAGACGAAGAUCGUUGUCCAUACACCUUGAUCUUCAAGCACCAGAAGUUGCGGACAUUGGUCGAGUCACUGACGUGUUGGUCAUGGGUUCGUUGCAGAUAGAAGCUGACCCAAGACAGUCGUUGGAGAAGUGGAGUCAUGAGGUUUCCUCGUUGGUCUUCACCGUGCCUUCCGUCGUUGCUGAAAUAGCCGUGGGGCUGUGGAAUAUUCACUCUCCAAAAUGGACAGUCCAGUGCCCAAACCUGGUCAUCAUUCACACUAUCUUGCAGGGCUCUCAUUUGAGUUAUGAAGACCCAAGUGUGCACAGUCAAGUGGUUGUGUGUCAGAACCAAGUCUCCUAUCAAACCUUGUGGCUACAUGCGUUUCCUCUGAGACUAAUCUCGAGCUUAUUGAUUCGUGCCUACAUAAGGAAGGAAACCUCGCACCUUGAGGGCCGUAUCCUUGGUGUGAGUCAAAACAGGCCUUACGUACCGAAUACUGUAGGCUAG